GCUUACUGCAUUAUUCUUGAUGAGUGAUGACUCCCAAAACUUGAGUAGCCUUGUGUGUUUUUAUUCAAUUUUAUCAGUAAGGUCAGAAACUAAUGGAGCGACAACUAUGAUAAAAGAGAUGUUUUUUCCUAACUCAUUUGUUGGAGUUCUUUACCCGAGUUAGGCAAAGUCCCAGUUAUUGUCAAUCUUAGUAAGGAGAAGAAAAGUCCUAUGUUAAACAUGAACAACUGGGACAAAGGGAUAACAUUCAAAAUUUCAAAUGUACUUCUCUUCCCAUGCAAAUCGAAAUUGUCCACAUAGAGCAUACUAGUCAAAUGCAAUAUUUUUUAUUUGCAAAAGUAGGGAAAUACUAUUUCCAAAGUUUUCCAAGCACAGAAGAAAAGAAAAUACAACAUCAGCUUCAAAGUCAUCCUUACCCUAUCCAGACAAGUAGUUUAAGCAGAUGGGAAUAGAUUCAUUACGAUGAUCGUCAAGUCAUUGAUAUAAAAUUAGAGAUUUCACAGAUGAACUAUUCGUACGUGUAAGGAUUAUUUUCCCUUGACAUGUGUUUUUGGUCAAGGAAAAUUUUAAUUUUUUUUGUCUAAAAAGAAUCAUGGAUUUACCCUCUGUCAAACAUUUGUUGAAGCUUUUGAUCAUUGUGCUCCUUGAGAACCUUACUUUGGCUCAGUUUCCUGUAUAUCACACCGUGAAAACUCCCACAACCUGGAUAAACAAUAAUGUUUCGUCUAUCAAUGUUACAAAGCCCUUUAUAUACCCCUUUUACUCAUUCAAUCAAUCUUCUGGACCUUUCAUGCGAAUUCUGAUGCUCAAAGAGAUAGAGAAGGACAUGGGAUAUGCUUGUGGUUUUGCUUCAAAUGGAGAAGAUGAUUCCUUUGUGUUUUCCAUUGGAAUUGUACGUCUUCAUCGGGACUAUGAAGGAACUCAGCGCUGGACUGACCUUGAGCUGCUCUGGUUUGCAAACAGAAACCAUCCAGUUCGUGAAAAUGGAACGCUGCAAUUGCUGCAAGAUGGAGAUUUAGUGUUAAAAGAUGUGGAUGGAACUCUUGUGUGGUCUACAGGCACUGCGAAUAAGUUUGUCUCGGGCAUCAAGAUGAUGGAUACUGGAAACCUUGUGCUUCAUGACAUGUAUAAUCAGACUGUGUGGCAGUCUUUUGAUCAUCCAACAGAUGCACUGCUUCCAGGCCAGAAAUUAAGGGCUGGUCAAAGACUUGUGGCUAGAGUUUCUUCAUCCAAUUGGACUGAAGGUAAAUACUAUAUCUCUGUAACCAAUCAAGGCUUGUUUGCAUUUUACAUAUCAGACAAGCCACAGAUGUAUUUUAAGUUUUUGGUUAGUGGAGACAGGGAUAGCUUUGAUGAAAGUUAUGUCAAAGCAGUGAAUGGGACUCUUGCCUUGUACAUAUCCUCAACUGAGCCGAAUGAGCCAAAUGCUGUGUUCUCAAGACCUUCUAGGAUGAAAUUUUUGAGAUACGAUUAUGAUGGACACCUUCAAGCCUACACCGAGGGAAAUGAUCAUCCAAACGAUCUUUUGGCAGAUUUCAUCGGUUUUUGUGAUUACCCCACAGCUUGUGGCAGUUUGGAGCUUUGCGCAAAUGGAUUUUGUUCUUGUCCAGGUGCAUUCAUAAAAAGUAAUGAUCGACAAAACAAUGGAUGUGUGGAAGUUAGUCCGGUGGAAUGCGAUGGACAACAUUCCCACAGAAUGGAGCGUGUUUCGGAUGUCUAUUACUUUAACUAUGUCGACACUGAUGCAGCAGCUCUGAGAGGAACAGAUGAGGAAAGGUGCCAAGAGAUGUGCUUGAAGAACUGCUCUUGUAAAGUAGUUCUCUUCCGGUACUUCACUAACUUUUCAAGUGGUGACUGCUAUCUACCCUCCCCUGUUCUGUCACUUAUAAAUGAUGGAAAAGAAAGAAGUGUUUAUGAGUCAUCUGCAUUCAUCAAAUUACCAAAUAAUGAAGAAAAAAGUAAGUCUACAGCUGCAAGAAGACAUGGCAUUAUAGCUGGAUCAACUGGUGCAAUAUUUAUUCUGAUAGCAUUAACUGUUGGCAUCUUGAUUGCUUUCAACAGAAAACAAACAUUACAAGAAAAUAAUGAUGAUUACUCAGGGGAGAUAUCUGGCCUUGUAAGAUUUUCAUAUGAACAGCUGAAGAUGGCAACUGGGAAUUUCCAGAAAAAGCUUGGUCAGGGAGGUUUUGGCUCAGUUUAUGAAGGAGUUCUUCAAGAUGGUCAGAAAGUAGCAGUGAAGGUUCUUGAUGGUUUUGGCCAAGGAAAGAAGGAAUUCUUGGCAGAGAUCCAGACCAUAGGAAGCAUCCAUCAUGUUAAUCUUGUUAGACUAAUUGGAGUUUGUGCUGAGAAAGAGCACACGCUAUUAGUUUAUGAUUUCAUGAGUAAUGGAUCAUUGGAUAUAUGGAUUUUUGGCACAACCUCUACUCAAUUUACUCUUGAUUGGCAAAUAAGAAGAAAAAUCAUCCAUGAUAUCGCAAAAGGAUUGGCUUAUCUUCAUGAAGAAUGUAUGCAGAGAAUAGUCCACUUAGAUGUUAAACCGCAGAACAUUCUGUUGGAUGACAAUUUUUGUGCAAAGGUAUCUGACUUUGGCCUGGCCAAGUUGGUUGAUAAAGAUCAGAGCCAUAUAGUGACCAGAAUUAGGGGAACCCCUGGAUACUUGGCUCCUGAAUGGUGUGGCGCAUUCAUUACAGAAAAAGCAGAUGUCUACAGCUUUGGAGUUGUUGCAAUGGAGAUCCUCUGUGGACGCAAGAACGUGGACUAUUCACAUUCACAGGAACAUCCACAUUUGCUUAGUUUGUUUAUGACAAAAGCCAAAAACAAUCAACUGAUCGAUGUGAUCGGAAACUACAGCGAUGAUCCGCAAUGCAAUACAUCAGAAGUCAUCCGUAUGAUGAAGCUUGCUGUAUGGUGCUUACAGAGUGAUUUUACUCUGAGGCCUUCCAUGUCCAUGGUGGUUAAAGUAAUAGAGGGGACAAUGGACAUUGAAUCUUACUUGGACUAUAGUGUUCCAAAUUCACAAACAAUUGCAGCAAUCAAAAGAGUGGCAGCCACCACGACUACCUUGUUUCCUUCAAUUCUUUCAGGACCUAGGUAAGGAUCUCUAAGCAUGAUGAAGAAUCAAUAGAGAAAAAAAAAUCCUCCCUCCUCUAUCCUAUUUCUUGUGUGAUACCUAUGAUCAUCAUUGUUAUGUAGCUAUUUACUGGUUUCAUUUGUGUUAUUUUUCUGUGAAUUAGUGAGAUACUGCAAUUAAGAACCAUGGUUGGAUUUCCAGUGUAAAUCCAAACAAAAAUGACUGCUUUAGUUCAUCUAAUAUUCUAAUUGUUU